AAUACCCCCAGCUUUGGCACAUUACUACACUCUGGACUCGCCGGAACGGUGAAGCAACUACCCCAGCACCGCCGAUACAAUUAACAAGUCUCUUCCGUCACUCUACACUCCAUAUCCGCCUCUCAUCCGACAAACCUCUUCUAUCGCUCUUCUCUGUAUCUCCGCCGCUAUUCUUCACUGACUCCAAUACAAGAACAACCAUGAUCCCGACGCAGCUGCAAAGGAGUGGAUCGGGGUCAACGCAGAGCCCUAGAUCCCCGUCGUCGCAAGAGCCGUUUUUAUCAGUAUCAGUGAUUGAUCCAGCUAAGAUGGGCAAUGGCGUUCAAGCUUAUAUCUCCUACAAAGUUAUCACUAAGACAAAUUUGCCAGAUUAUCAAGGGCCAGAGAAGAUUGUUAUUCGUAGAUAUAGUGAUUUUGUGUGGUUGCGAGAUCGUCUUUUUGAGAAGUACAAGGGAAUCUUUAUCCCUCCUCUUCCGGAGAAGAGCACAGUAGAAAAAUUUAGGUUCACUGCUGAGUUCAUCGAAAUGCGGCGUCAAGCACUUGAUAUAUUUGUCAACCGGAUAGCUUCUCAUAUCAUUCUUCAGCAGAGUGAGGACCUGAGAAUCUUUUUGCAGGCAGAUGAACAGACAAUGGAAAGAGCAAGAUCACAAGAGAUUGGUAUCUUCAAGAAGAAACCAGCUGAUUUGAUGCAGAUUUUCAAGGAUGUACAGUCAAAGGUGAGUGAUGUUGUUCUUGGAAAGGAGAAACCUGUUGAAGAAUCGACUCCUGAGUAUGAGAAACUAAAACGUUAUAUAUUUGAGCUUGAAGAUCACUUAGGUGAAGCUCAGAAGCAUGCCUAUCGUCUUGUAAAAAGACAUAGAGAGUUGGGGCAAUCUCUGUCAGAGUUUGGGAAGGCAGUCAAGCUGCUUGGUAUAUGUGAAGAUAAUGCUCUCGGUAAGGUAUUUUCUGAGGUUGGGGACAAAGCAGAAAUAGUCUCGGUUAAGAUGCAGAGGGAGGCUCACCACCUGUUGAUGAACUUUGAAGAAUCUUUGAAAGACUAUGUUCGUGCUGUACAGUCAAUUAAGGCUACAAUAGCUGAGAGGGCAAAUGCAUUUAAGCAGCAAUGUGAAUUGGCUGAAACUAUAAAGUUCAAGGAAAUUGAUCUGAACAAACUUAGGCUAACGCGUUCAGAAAAAUUGGCUGACGCUGAGCGUGAAUAUGACGUGCUGAAGGCUGAUGGUGAGGAAGCAACAAGAAGAUUUGAGGCAAUCGUCCAGCUAAUGAAUGAAGAAAUUGUCCGAUUUCAAGAACAAAAGACACUGGAUAUGGGGCUUGCUUUUCAUGAAUUUGCUAAGGGACAAGCACAUUUAGCAAAUGGUAUUGCUGAAGCCUGGCGGAGUCUUCUUCCAAAGCUUGAAGCUUGUGCUUCCUCGUAGCGAAACUGGGAAAGAGCCUUCAAGAUAACCACACACUAGAUUGAUGACAACUGCGAAGAUGACUGAGGCACCUCUUGGUGUGAGAUGGAUUAUUAUUUGUUGAGUGUGUUCUGCCUCUCUAUUGUUGUAAGAAUUAUAGGAUAAUUUCAUUUUGUGACAUGUACAGAUCCUGAAGUAGGGCAGAAAAAAUUAGAGUUGUGGAGCACAUAUAGAACGCAGUGAUGAAUAAAAGGUUAAUUUUAGUGAGGAACUCAAAGAUUCACCAAGCACAUCCUUUGAAGGCCUGCUCCUGCUAUGCACUAGCUUUUGAAUCCAUGUAAAUGUCCCAGAUAUGGGGUGGUAUAAUGUGUGCGUAAUGUUUUGGGGCAUUCGUUGAACUAAACUCCAGUGUUGUAAAGGGCUGAAGUAUUUCAUGAUUUCUAUCAAAA